AUGGCUCGCGGUACUAUCCCCCGAUGUAGACAGUACGUAUCCGCGCUGGACCUCGGCGGAGAGACAACGGCGAGGACGAGCCAAUGGCAGCCGGAGCGCUGUAACGGAAGCGCACGCAGUGGCACCAAGGCGGAAAUAUGGAGGGCGCUGUUACGCUGCGAAACAGCCGAACGAACGCCUGCCACCCUGUUCCCCAGCAGAAAGUCCAGCGGUCCCUCGGAGGACCACUCUGGCCAAUGA